GUCAGUAUUCUUAUGAAAGUGUGUUUUUCUCAAAGGCCCCGAGCUUAUCUCCCUUAUUACAGGUAGAUAAAUCGGAAAAUGUAAAGAUGAGUGUCUGUGUUAGCGUAACAAAGAUAUUGAGAUAGAGAGAGACAGAGGGAAUGGAUAAUUGAGACCCAGAUGUAUAUAGACCGGAUAGGUUCCAUAUCGACAGUUCUUUUUUUUUCUUGUAUAUAUAUAUACACUCACAUAUUUAUUCUCUUUUUAUUACUUAUAACAUGGUAUCACAUUCUAAGGUAGCCAUUGUUGGUGCCGGUGCCGUAGGAGCAUCCACAGCCUAUGCUCUCAUGUUUAAAAACAUUUGCUCAGAGAUUCUUAUUGUCGAUAUCAAUCCCGAAAUUGUUCAAGCACAGGUACUUGAUUUAGCGGAUGCAGCAAGCGUAAGUCAUACGCCAAUUCGAGGGGCAAGCACUGAAGAAGCUGGUCAAGCAGACAUCAUUGUCAUCACUGCCGGUGCUAAGCAAAAGGAGGACGAGCCGCGUACACAACUAAUCGAACGUAACUAUCGUGUGUUGAAGAACAUUAUUGGUAGUAUGCAACCUAUUCGGCCAGAUGCUAUCAUACUGUUGGUUGCUAAUCCAGUCGACAUAUUGACACAUAUCGCUCAAAGAUUAUCUGGGCUGGAACCCAACCAGGUAAUUGGCUCUGGUACCUACCUUGAUACAACACGACUUUGUGUUCACCUUGGUGAGAUAUUUGAUGUUAAUCCGCAGUCGAUCAAUGCUUUCGUCCUGGGAGAACAUGGUGAUUCACAGAUGAUUGCUUGGGAAGCAGCUACGAUCGGAGGACAGCCACUGACGUCUUUUCCAGAGUUUCAAGAACUUGAUAAACAAGCCAUUUCUAGAGCAAUAUCCGGUAAGGCGAUGGAAAUCAUUCGAUUAAAGGGUGCAACAUUUUACGGUAUUGGCGCUUGUGCUGCAGACUUGGUUCAUACCAUCAUGCUGAAUAAAAAGUCAGUGCAUCCGGUAUCAGUUUAUGUAGAAAAGUAUGGGGUCACAUUCUCUAUGCCGGCUAAGCUUGGUUGGAAGGGAGUAGAAAAGAUAUAUGAGAUUCCAUUAAGUGAAGAAGAGGAGACGUUGCUUUUAGAGUCUGUAAAGGCGCUCCAAGAGAUAGAACGCUUAUAUUGACUAGAAAAGAAGAAGGUACACUUGUGCUCUAUAUCUUGACUAAAAGAAAUAAACCAAUAAUGUGUUUUGUUACAAUUUGAUUUUCUAUCAUUAUGUCAACAUGUUAUUAAAAUAUGAUGACGCAUACAUAUUAAGCCUAUUUUAGCGAGUAAAAUAGAUUUAAUUAAACGUUUUUAUGAUAAAACUGCUCUUGUAGGAAAAAAAAAGUAUGAUGCAAAAGGGUCUGUCCUCUCUCUUCAACUACGUGUGACUACGAAAUCUGUAAGUCUGAGGUUAAUUUUGAUUACUCUGAAAAAAAAAAAAAAA